GUGAGUUAACCAAAAGUCAGGAGUUCCGUUAUUACUCGGUUCAUUGUUUAAUCUUUCUUGAGUUGUAGUUCUUGCUUGAGAUGAGUGUUAGUUUCAUCAGAGUAUUACAAUGAUCAAUGAAUGUUGCAAAAUCAUCCUUUCUUGCACUCGUAUCAAACAUUCAAAUGGCAAGUAACGUAACAGAGAACUCCACUUAUUCUUUAAGAUGCAUGUUUUGAUUAAAACACUAGAGCUCCGUACUCCACAGUCAAUGAUGAGGAUAUCAUUCUCACGAAAUUCGAAGACAUGAACCAACAUGAAGGAGAUUUUUAUGAUUACCAUUAGAAAAUGGGCUUAAAUAGACCUGACAAUCUACGGCCCAUUGUCCUUUUAUCAAUGCUUUUUUUUUUAAUUUCUACAUGAACUCUUAAUACUGUACUAGUAUAUAAAUGGGCCAUGUUGGUGCAUUUUGUUUCCUUAUUAUGGUGGAUCAAGUAAAGUUAUAUAUGUAAGGUACAAUUAUGCACACUACAAAUAUAAGCUUAAAUCAAUGUUAACAGUCCGGAGAAAAGAUAGUAGUAGUAGGCUGUCAAAGUAAAAUUAGUGUCCGUGUUUAAAAGACAGAGAAUAUAGAGAAAAUCGUAUAUUGAAUUUCGAAAUCUAACUGUUUUUAAUAUGCGUUUUUUUUGUAGGAGUCUAAUUAUAAGGAUGUUAAUAACAAAUCUAUUUUAACUAUAAAUUUAAAUUUUAGUUUUAGGAAUAACAAAAUCUGUUGAGAAAAAAUCUAACAAAAUAUUUUUUAAAAUUUAAAUAUUCUUUUAAUUAAUGCACUGAUUAAUUUCACAACGAGUAGUAUAAUAUUAUUAUAAAUUAAUUUAAAUUAAUUUAAAUUAUUUUUUAUUAUAAACAAAUUAAUGAAAUUAUAUGCUAAUUUUAUAAAUUUUAUAAGUAUGUUCUACAUUAUAUUAAAAUAGAAGUAAUUAAUGAAUUACAUAUUAAAAUUAUGUUUUUUGUGCAAACAUAUUAAAAUUAUGUUGAAUUGGUAAACUAAUAUAUUUAAAAAAAUGCUUUCAUUAAGAUAAAUAAAUAAAAUAUCAUUUACCGUUUAAAGUGACUAGAAUAUCAUUCACUUUUUAAAAUGAUUAUUAUCAUAAAUUUAGUAAUAAUUUUUACAAAAAUAAAAUUGCUAACAUAUGUUAAAUUUUAAUAUUUAGAAGUAUAUAUCAUUUAUUAAGUUAUUUUUAAAAUGACAGCAAUAUAUUAUUAUAAAUUAUUUUAUACAAAAUAAUAUAAAAUUUUAUAUCUAUAAAUGAAAUGUUAUUCGCACGGGUGUACGGGUUAUAAUCUAGUAUAAGCUUAAAUCAAUGUUAACAGUCCGGAGAAAAGAUAGUAGUAGUAGGCUGUCAAAGUAAAAUUAGUGUCCGUGUUUAAAAGACAGAGAAUAUAGAGAAAAUCGUAUAUUGGAUUUCGAAAUCUAACUGUUUUUAAUAUGCGUUUAUUUUUGUUAUGUAUUACCUCGUAAGAAGACAUCAUGUUUUUGCUGAAAGAAGAAGACAUAUAUUUCUUUUUUUCUUUUGCUGAAAGAAUUUGAUUUGCAAGACACAGUACAAUAAGGAUGAUAAUAAUUGAUUUUGAGUAAAAUAUAUUAUUUUUUCCUUUUCAAAUUAGUUGUCGUUCUAGAUUUUUCAAAAUAAUUAAAAAUAGUUAAAUAUUCAAUUUUGGUCUUAUUUAACUAUUAAAAUUAUAUGUUUUAUUUUUUUGGUUAAUUACCGUAGGAAUAAAAAGAUAAAUUAGCGAUAUAAAUUGCACUGAAAUUCAAAAAGAAUACUUAUUUUUGCAACAAAAAUUGUAUUUUUUAAAGGAAUAGUAUUUAGAUGAAAUGGUAAAGAACUAAAGUGUUCCAUAAAAAAGAGUAAAGAAGAACUAAAAUAUAUUAUUCCCUUCUUUUUCUGUUAGACGAUGUUUUAGAAUUCUGUACAUAAUUGACUUAUCCACGUUGAGUUUUAUAAUGUUAUUUUUUUUAACAUAUUUUUUCUUUUCAAAAACUUCAAAACAUAAAAUUUUAAUUAUCAGCACCAAAUUUACUAGAAAAAUAAAAAAAAGCAAGGGAAGGACCGAGUAUGACAAAAUAUGGCAUGUCACGGUAAGUCUCUUCAGUCUUCAUCUGCAUUUAAUAUUUGUUUUUAUGAAAACACAAAAUCCAAUCAAAAAAGGAAUAUAAAAUCUCAGAUUCUUCUUUUAUUUGCUGCCUUCACCAUAAUAGAAUCUGAGAGAGAGAGAAAAAAAGCCAGAGACAGAGAGAGAGAAAGAGAGUUGGCCCAGCGGAUCGAAGAAGAAGACGGCUUGAGAGAUUUCUUCUUUCUUGGAGUAUUGAUUAUUUGGCAGUCUCUCUUCUCUUAUUUUAUAAAUGAGUCUUUUGGAUAAAAAUAAAAUUCGCUAUUAAUUUUUUUUUAGAGGUGAUCUCGGGAGAACAUUGUUUUUUAUUUUUAUUGUUCAUUUCUCGAUUAUUAUUAGUCUGACCGGCGAUAUAGGAAUGAGUGUUUAUUUUAUCAUCAACGAUUAAAGAUUUGUUUUUUUUUUCUCUGUUCAAAGUGCGAUCGGAUGAUGUGGUGGGUCUGAGGUAACAAUCUCUAUCACCCUACUUUUUAUAUUUUAUUUUAAAUAUUUUAUUUUAUAAUUCUUCUAGUUGUUUUGCCAUUUUUCUAUCAAAGUAAUUUGCAUAAUCAGUGUUAUUUUGUUUGAUGAAUGUAGGUUAGUCAUUUAAAGUCAAAUCCAUCCUAAAAUCCACAUUCUCUGUGAUUAUAAUCUAUUGCCCUUUUCACUUUAUUUAUUUUGUUUAUCCUUGUUUGAAAAGAUCUCCACUUGUAGAAUAUGGCUUUUUAGAUGCGACAAAUUGUUUUUUUUUUUUGAUAAUGAUUAUCUAUUAAACUAAACUGUUUCAUAUUUUUUUUUUUUUUUUUGUAAACUAAACUGUUUCAUAAUUUGCUUCUUCUUCUUCUGUCGCGAGAAUCAUGUGAUUGCGUUUUCGAGUUUUACAUAUAUCAAUUAAAGCUGCACGAGUUGUGUUUAUAAGAGGAAUAUGAGCAAGACUCCUGUGUGUUUUUUUUUGGAACUCAACUUCAUUAAAACUUAAAAAGCUGCACGAGUUGUGAUUGCGUUUUCGAGUUUUACAUAUAUCAAUUAAAGCUGCACGAGUUGUGUUUAUAAGAGGAAUAUGAGCAAGACUCCUGUGUGUAAAAGUUUUUUUUUGUCCUGAAGACUUUAAUACCUGCAGAUUCAUCAUAUAUGAGAGAGAUUUCAUAAAAACAAACAAUGCGAUGCCGUUUUUAAGAACCAGAGUUGAGAGGAAUUUGGUGGAUGAAGAAGUAAAGGGAAAUAACUCAACUGACGAUAUGAAUUUGAGUGAUCAUAAUACAUCAUCUGAGAAUGCAACUAAAAGACAGCUUCCUGUGUUUCUCUUACCAAACUCAACUUCACAAGCUUGCAACGCUAGUCCUGUUAAGGCCAGGAGAAAAAUGAUUGACCUUCAACUCCCUGCACACGAGUAUCUUGAUACGGAUGAGAACGAUGAGAUUACAAUCUGCGCUCCGUAUAAACGCUCCAAAUCUGGAAGAGGGGAUGAUGCUUCUCACCACAUCAACUCUUCAGGAUCUUGCUUGGAUGUGAAGAGCUCUAAUGGCUUAUUAGCUGACUUGAAUGAGCCACUCACAUUGCAAGGUUCAGAACCUGUGCCUCACAAUGCAGAUGUUGAAGGGCAGUCUAGUCAAAAUGGAUUGAUGGUCCUUGACGCAGGGCGUGGCGGGAGCACUCAGAGUCAGAGAGACCUGCAUAUACCUUCCCGUUCUGACAAUGCAGUUCAACCUCAGAGGCAGAGCUAUCCUCCGACUGAUUAUAGCAAUGCAACAUUCUCCCGGGAAAGAGCACAUCGUGAGAUGGAAGCUCGUUCAGUGAACCCUCAAGCUUCUUAUGAUAGCUACGUGGAAUCAACUGUGGCAUCAUCUAACGCUCCAAGAUUACACAAUGACUACCGCCCUGACUUUAUCAGACCAUGGAGCCAUCUGUCUUCACCAUGGAAGAAUCCUAGGUGCAUCACUGAUCAACAUAAGGAAGUGAACCACUUGUUAAAGCGAGACUUCGAUAUCAACUUGCCAUGUGAUGAUGCCUCGGUUGCUAAAGCCUUUUGUCUUAAAAAGGAAGGAGAGAACAAAGCUGCCAACGUAAGACACUGCUUUGAUCUAAAUGCAUGUGCUAGUGAGGAUGAUGACGUUUCAGGCUUACAUUCUAGUCUAAGAGUGAAAACAAAAGGAACUUUUUCGGUAGAUUUGGAAGCUCCCCCAACUCUCCAGAGUGCAGAAGAAGAAGAUGGAGAUAGCUCGCAGGAUGAACUCAUCAAGGGAGCAGCAGAAGCAAUAGUCGCCAUUUCAUUGCCUGAUCAUCCUGAUGACGCAGCUUCUUAUUCUUCAACUGAUGUCGCUUCCAAAAGUCAGCUCUCUUGGUUCGCAGACAUUAUCACUUCUUGUGGUGAUGAGUUAGAAAGAAAGAUUGAUGGUUCUCCACAAGAGUAUUCUUCUGGGGAGAUUGACUACUUUGAAGCCAUGACACUGAGUUUACAACCAACCAAGGAAGAAGACUACAUGCCAGAGCCAUUAGUCCCUGAGAAUAUGAGCUUCGAAGGUACGGGCUUGAACAAGCCAAGAAGAGGAAAAGCAAGAAGAGGAAGACCGAAGAGGGGGGAUUUCCAGAGAGAUACUCUCCCUGGACUCUCCUCUCUAUCAAGGCACGAAGUCGCUGAAGAUAUACAGUUGUUUGGUGGGCUUAUGAGACUAAGGGCUACAGGAUGGGGAAAAGCAACAAGAAGACCGAGGAGACAAAGGUGCCCUCCUGCAACUGUCAUCUUAACAUGAUAGUUUCAUGAAACAAUCAGAACUUCACAAACCUUGAAACAUUACAAAGACUACAAUUAGUAUUACAAUACAUUGAUGUUAUUGAAUGUCAACUUUUGCUGGUUAUACAAAAGAUACAUCUGUUUAUUAUUGCAACUGCUUGACGCCAAGGUACAGUAUACCUUUUUCUACCAA